AUGAAGUUCUUUGAGCAAGGAGAUGAGCAAGAACAUCCUCGCCCAGUCUUCUCAGUAGCCGACGGGCAGUCGCUCAGCGAGGCGCUGGAACGUCUGGAGGGAGGAGAAACCAUCCAGCUGCAAGAUGGUUGCUACAAUCAUGUCGACAAGUGGCUACUGCACAAGCCCGUGCGACUUGUGGGAGCCGUCGAUGAGGCCACAGGCUCUCCUGCUACGAUCUUGACUGGACGGUUCAAUGUCUCCGUCCCCCCGGCCGAGCCAUGGCGGGGGGGGCAGGAGCAGGUGACGAGCUUCCGAAACAUACACUUUGCGUCUGAGAGCGGGUACUGCUGCGAGGUCGUCCAGGGAGAAGUUCAGAUGUACAACUGCAAGGUUGUGUGCGAGAGAGGAACUGCCAUGAUGGUGGACGAGGCUGCAGUCGGGUUGCAUGCUUGCUUCAUCGGCUCCGAGGGCGGCAGGGCCAACUACGGCUUGCAAGUCGGGGACAAGGGGGAAGUCUGGGCGACCGAUUCGACCCUUGCAGGAUGCAAGACAGGAGUUCUGUUGAAGGACAGGUCUGUCUUGAAGCUCCACCGGUGCUACAUGACAUCCAUGCUCCAAGCGUUUGGUUGCCUGGUCCCCAACGAGGCCGUGAUGGAAGUGAGCAAGACAACACUGACGGACUGCGAGUUCACAUGGCACAGAAACUCCCGACCCUGCGAGCUGUUUCAGCAGGAGAACUCAGACGCCAACGGCAACCCUCUCCGUCUCCAUGGCAGACAAGAUGGAAGGCACAGUUUCCGCUUCGGGGAGCUGGACGUGAAGGAGGAGGACGAAAGAUAUUGA